UAUUUGGCAAAGAAGCUCGGCUUCGACACGUUGUGGUUUGGUUAUUUGCAAACUACAGUUGGAGUUAUUCAGCUGCUCGGGGGCCCAAUGUUUGGAAGGUUUGCAGAUCUAUUUGGGGCACGGACAGCUUUGUCCCUGGCAUGUGCUUCAACUGUUGUCUUCUUUCUGCUGCUGGCCACAGCAGACACUCCAGCCAUGUUGUUCAUCCAUAAAAUCCCCACAGUCUUUAUGCAUGUCCUCCCUGCAUCACAAAUGGUUGUUACAGACCUUACAAAACCUGAGAAACGGGCCGACGCCUUAUCCAAGCUUGGUCUGUGUUUUGGCAUCGGUAUGAUAGUUGGCUCCACAUUAGGCGGACAGCUGAGCAAACUCUAUGGGGAGAAGUUUACUGCAUGUUUUGGUACUGCAGGGAGUGCCUUCAGCUUGCUGUUGGUUUUAAAGUUCAUCCCCAAAAAUACAAAAGCUGAAACAACCAGAGGCAACACUACAGAUGACAACAGAAGAAAGUCAGUAUUCAAUCUGAGUGAGAUUACGAGGCUGAUGAAGUUUCCAACAGUGAUGCAGACUUUCAUUAUCAAGAUAGUCGCAGGUUUGCCAUCAGGCAUUUUUCAAGUGAUGUUUUCUAUCAUUGCACUGGAGUUCUUUAAGCUGCAACCUGAGCAGAAUGGCUACCUGAUGGCCUAUUUUGGCAUCGUCCAAAUGGUUAUUCAAGGAGGAGUGAUCGGUCGGCUUACGGCAAGAUACUCUGACAAUUCAUUGCUGCUUCUAUCCAUUGGAGUGUCCUCUUUUGUGGGACUGGCUCAGGCAUAUAUACAGAAUGUGUGGCAGUUCUGCUUUAACAUCCUCCCGAUGAUGUUUUCUCUCAGUGUGUUUAAUGCCAUCACAGACAGCAUGCUCACCAAGAGUGUACCGUCCUCUGACACAGGCACAAUGCUGGGACUGUGCGCAUCUGUUCAAUCUCUGCUUCGCACAGUUGGACCUACUAUAGGGGGCUUCCUGUAUGUGAACUACGGCAUUUCCUCUAUAGGUUUAAUCCAGUUUUUCAAGCUCAACAUGGCUGCACAGCUCCUGGUCCAUCAUCCUUCCAGCAGACCUCAUGGAACUCUUGGAGUUGGCCACUGGAGUGAAAGUUCAGGGUAGUGGUGAUGUGGUCCUAUCCCAGCUGCCACAGGGUGAGAAGCAGGGUACAUCCUGGACCUUCAUGGUGCCAUGGGCUUUGGACUGUUUGGGUUUUGCUUCUUUUAAUCAUUGGUUGUAUUAUUUAUAUUUGUCCUUUAUCUCCCGGCAUUCUCAGUUCCUUGAUUAAGUACUAUUUAGUUUAUUCCCUUUUGUGUUUCAUUCUGUUCUGUUUUCUCUGGAGUAAAUAUCAAAUGUGCACUGACCAGCUAUCAUUUGCUCUAUUUUCAGAGUCAUUUCAGUUGCUUUCAUGAGAUUGUGAGAAGUGGAAAAAGUCCAGGGUGUGUGUUGUUUCACACAUUUGAAGACAAGCUGCCCCCUCCUCAGUGAAGAGCAUGCUCAGCCUUGUGUCAGGAGGCUCAGAGCCCCAUGACGCCUGGCCUGUCCUGCACGCUCUGGUCCACACUCUCACUCCCUGACAUGUGCCAGCGAUCGCUAAUCCUCCACUGACGCCUCUCGGAAGCAUCACAUUCAACAACAGAACAAUAAAUGCCCACUGCACUGACCUCAGAGGAUUGUCGCCUCUUGCUACAUCAGCCAGGAUCUCCCAUCCUCUGCUUGUGGAAGACCAUAUUGGUUACAUAGAAGCUAAUAUGGCAUAACACAAAAGGCUUCUUUAUGACACAUGUGGCUGCAUGAAAAGUCUUUGUUGUCUUUAGGAUUAAGAGUUGGAGAUUUGAAUGUUUGAAGGUAAUAUGUCUAAAAGACAGGAUGUUGAUUGAAUUUUAAUUACAGCAGAGCCGAUUAGAUAACAAUAUGGUGCAGGAGUUAAAAGCGGGAAACAUGUGCGUCUGUUUGAAUUUCCAGCCAUAAGCUUUGUUUGGAUGUUGUUUGGAUGACUCAUACAGAGCAGCAUCUGUGUUCUCCAGAGAUAAAUCUGACCAUUAUUGGUCAUAUUGUUUAGACUAUCCUGUAUGAUGUAAUGACAUGUUGUGUGGGUAUUUUGAGUUCUUAAUACAGCAGAAACAAUUGAAGUUAUUGCUGGAUUUAUCUGGGAUUUACUGUAGCUGGAUGGGUCCAUUUCAAAAUUCAGGAUAGGAUAAAGUUCUAACAAUUCUGAGAAUCAGUUAUCAGCCGUGUUCCUUCUGCGCAUCAGCAAGGCACUGUGAAAAUUGGCCUUUACUCUAGGUUAAAAGAGCUUACAUUUCUAUGAUAUUUAGUCAGGGUACUGAUUUCCUCACUCUGAUUAUCACCACAUUUGGGUGACAGAUGGUGUGUCAGUGGUAAUCCCAGCUACCCAUCAGCUUGACCCUUUGCAGUGAGCCACCUCCUCCCAAACGAUCAUGCAGCACCCUCGUCCCCAAAAUCUCACCAAGCCUUCUGAGCUACGCAGCCAAAGAGCUGCUUUAAACUGGUGAGUAAUGGCUGUGUCAGCAGUCAGUAGAUGAGCCUGAGGGUUGGGGAAGGGUUAAUGGGCAGUGGGCGGGUAUAAGAGCCCCAUUGGAUCCAUUGUUAACACCAGACGUACAGUAAACAUUUACUGUACUGUGAAUUCAUGCCAACUGCAAACACAAAAAUAAUGUGAUUCAAAUGAUAAUAUGAAUAGCUCGUUUGUUCUUUAACAGCAUAAAACUGUAAAUAAUUCUGUUUUUUCUUCAUGAGCAUCUGGAAACAAUACAUACCUGAACUCAACUUUCCAGAUCAAAAAAAAGUAAACCACAUUAACAGAACAUAAACUAUCACCCUAACAUUUUUGUACAGUCAAAAAAGGGCAUGAUAACCAGGUGACACAAAAAUGUACCCCCCGGUAUGACUCAUUGUAUAAAUGCCACAGUUUUGAAUUUUCUGAAAUUGAAAAGUCUGCAUCUGUCUCCUGAUUUUGUGAUAAUUUGCGCACAUUUUUUCUCUCUCUGACAUGCCUUUUAGAAAGUACAACUCACUUUCAUUUUGUAAAACAAAGUAGUGGCAUUGUAUUGUUAACUUCACAAAAUAUUGCAAUGGUCAGUUAAGUUGCCUCAUUUGCUGUAAGCUUCUUGUUUCCUCUGCAUUUCCACGGGGGUCCUAAUCUCAUCUAAAGUCAUCUGCCUUAAUCCACAGCAGCAGAAGCAGUGGUUGAAGUAAAUUAGGUCUUUGACUGAUAGCCAUCUGCCAACAAAUGUAUAAACAGUUUGUUUUACUGCUGCUAAUGCAGAAAUGAAAUGUAGACAGAGAAAAGUAGAUGUACGUAAUCUGACAUUAAAAAUGACUUUAAUGGAAAAUGACAGAUUAUUUAUUGAAUCACUUUCAACAUUUUGUUUUUAAAAUUAUUGGAAAAAAACACUGCUGAUAGGAGCAUAAAUAAUUACUCAUGUGUUUUGAAGAUGCAAGUUUUAGGUUUUUUUUAGAGAUGGACCGAUCCGAUAUUACGUGUUGGUCCGAUACUGACGUAAAUUGCUGGAUCGGAUAUUGGAGAGAA